AUGGAGCGGUGGCUGGUCGCACUGUUGGCGGCGUUGUCGCUAUCCGCCGCAAACGGUUACCUCAUCAUCAUACCCGAUACAGCCCCACCUGGACAUAUAGUCCUCGACGCUGCCGUCUACAAGUUAGGGUCAGAACGCACUUACACGAUCGAUGUCCACCGCACUGCCAACUUCGUUCACCACAUCCUGAAAGUCAAUAGAACAUCAGGUCUAGUGACGUUACGGAAACGACUCAGAUGUGAUGGAGUUCUGUAUCCAAAUCUUUUUACUUUCUACGUGGAUUCAACUUCUGAUCGAAUAAGAGACAUCGAUUACUACAGCUUGCCUGUUAGGAUUAUCGUCGCUGGUGAAGAUUGCAGCAGACGGCAUGCAGAUCUGUAUGACAUUGAUUUCGAUCGUGUAUAUGAUCAGAAUGAUUCCGCUAUGCAGUUUGAGGAAGAUCAUCUCAGAGAUAAACGAGAAGUCUACUACCAUGAGAAUAUAGACUGGAGGUUGUUAGAGGAGAAGGAAUUGGAUACUAGUCAAUAUAGCGUACUGUCCACAGCAUAUCCAUGGUCUAGUGCGAUGUUUGAAGAUCUUGCAGUUAGAAAUAAAAGUCGAAGUAAACGAUCUCUAUUAGUACCUUUCGAUAUGGCCAUAGAUGUAAAAAUAGCUGAAGCUAAGCAAUGGAUAUCGGAGACGUAUGCUAGCUUUGCAAUACCAACUACCGAUCGAUGGCAGGGGAUUUGUUUAAAAAAGUCACAGUUUGUGAAUUCUUUAACAGCAUUUCUACCAAGGACUGUUCAAAAGUUGUGUAGAGUCCAAUUUCUAGAUGUAAGCGAUUCUCGGUUUGUCAUCGAGAAUAGUCAAGGUGAUCUAGUAUCGAGUGACGAUGUGUGUAUACAGGAGCCGAUGUGGAAGGUUUCUGUGCUUUUUACGUUUAACUGUGAAAGGACGAACAUAGUUGAUUCAGAUCACAGACUUAAGAUAGUGUAUCAUCAUCAGGAACUGAAUGAUACCGAUAUUGCGAGACGCGUGAAGCGUGAGCUGCGAAAUCAGUCUCCUUACUUUGAGCAAGCUUUGUAUGUAGCAUCAGUGGCUGAGGAACAACCACCAGGCGUCAUCGUUACAACUGUACGAGCUCGUGACCCGGAGAACAGUCCAGUAACAUACUCCAUGUCUAGUCUUCUCGACUCUCGGUCUGCUGGUAUGUUUGCGGUGGACACUCGCACCGGCGUGGUGACAACUCAGGCCAGAUUGGAUAGAGAGAGGCUUGACGUACAUUACUUCAGGGUGGUUGCUCAAGACGAUACAUUCCCACCGAGAAGCGGAACUACUACGCUUCAGAUAAACGUAUUGGACUGUAAUGACCACGCUCCCAUUUUCGAGAUGCAGCAAUAUGAAUCAUCUGUCAGAGAAGGUGCCAGCCCUGGUACAACUGUACUCACAUUGAAAGCUACCGAUCAGGAUAUUGGGAAAAAUUCUGAGGUGGAAUACUCGAUCGAUACUGUGAUAGCGGAAACAUUAGAUCCUGUUGACGUAAACGAAUCCAUUGUCACCGAAACUGAAGCUGCAGAUGUAUUCCGAGUUGAUGGUAGAAGUGGUGCUCUUUUGACUAGAAGUGCUUUGGACAGAGAGAAAGUCGCAAGAUAUACUGUUAUCGUAAAAGCCACAGACCAAGCCAGCCCUUUGGCCGAUAGAAUGUCGAGCAGUGCCACGGUACAUGUCAAUAUAUUAGAUGACAACGACAACUACCCACAGUUCAGUGAGAAGACUUAUACUGUCAAUAUUGACGAAGACAUCAGUGUAGCUGACAAUCCAGUGAUAGCGCGGAUUAAAGCUACAGACGCAGAUGUUGGCGCCAACUCUGCUAUUCGCUACGCGAUAAUUGGUGGGAAUACACAAAUGCAGUUUUCCAUAGACAGUCUCAGCGGUGACGUGUCCCUUGUAAAGCCUUUAGAUUAUGAACAAGUCAGGAGUUACCGACUAGUAAUAAGAGCUCAAGACGGUGGAAGUCCAUCUCGAUCAAACACAACCCAACUGUUGGUGAAUGUUAGAGACGUCAACGAUAACCCGCCACGCUUUUACACCUCACUGUUCCAAGAAUCCGUCAGCGAAAGUGUACCCGUGGGAUACAGUAUUGUUAGGGUACAAGCAUACGACGCAGAUGAAGGCGUAAACGCAGAUUUGACAUACACGUUGACUGACAAAGAAUAUAAUGGAAAUAAUGAUCUACCCAUCACAAUCGACCCUCGCUCUGGAUGGGUAUUCACGUCUUCACACUUGGAUAGAGAAGUGCAGUCCAAGUAUCAAUUACAGGUGACAGCGACCGACGGUGGUAAUCCAUCACGAUCAGCGAGUGCGUCUGUAGUGGUUGUAGUACAAGAUGUUAACGACAACGACCCUGUGUUCACACCACCGCAGUAUGAAGUGGAACUGGCGGAAGACGAGCCUCCUGGCACACCCGUAGUCACUGUCACAGCGAGCGACGCUGACGAAGAUAACAGAUUACACUACGAGAUAACCGGCGGCAAUACACGAGGUCGAUUUUCAAUAACGUCUCAGAACGGUAGAGGUCUGAUUACUGUUGCCCAACUGUUGGACUUCAAACAAGAGAGACGAUAUGUACUAACAGUCACCGCGACUGACUCCGGCGGGAGAUCUGAUACGGCCAUGGUUCAUAUCAAUAUCACAGACGCUAAUAACUACGCGCCUGUGUUUGAAAACGCACCGUACACUGCAUCGGUCUUUGAAGAUGCUCCUGUUGGUACCACAGUCCUUGUAGUGUCAGCUACAGAUAGUGAUGUUGGUGUGAAUGCUCAAAUAACUUACACACUCAGCUCAGAAAUAUCAAACGAAGCCGUGGCCCAUCACGAGCAAGAGUUUCUGAUCAAUCCACAGACAGGAGCUAUAACGACAAACAAACCAUUGGAUAGAGAAACUAUGAGCGGUUAUCUGCUAACAGUGACAGCUCGAGAUGGUGGAGUGCCAUCCUUAUCUGAUACUACGGAUGUCGAGAUCUCAGUAGUGGACGUUAACGACAAUGAGCCUGUAUUCAAACAACAGUUGUAUACGGCUAGUAUUAUGGAGGAUGCGUUAGUUGGUACUUCGGUAACCCAAGUAAGCGCGACGGAUGCGGAUGUAGGUCUCAACGGCAGAGUUCACUAUGAAUUGGAAACCAGAGACAGGGAGGAAGGUUCCUUUGUGAUUGACCCCGCGUCUGGGGUCAUUAGGACUAAUAAGGCUUUGGACAGAGAAUCCGUGGCUAUAUAUGACUUGAAGGCUUUAGCUAUAGACGGGGGUACUCCACCGCAAAGCUCAACGGUGAUAGUCCAUAUAAAAGUAGAAGACAUCAAUGAUUCUCCGCCAGUAUUUGACAGCGAUUGCCUUUCCUUUUACGUGCCAGAAAAUAGUCCCAUUGGAACCACUAUUGGGGAAAUUCAUGCACACGAUCCCGACGAAGGCGCCAAUGCUGUUGUACAUUAUUCUAUAAAAGGUGGAGACGACUCGAACAGUUUUUCUUUAGAAACCCGUCAAGGAUCUGACAAAGCAGAGUUAGUCACAAUGGUAGAUCUAGACUAUGAGAGUCCAAGGAAGAAAUACGAGCUGGUGAUAAGAGCUGCCAGUCCGCCUCUAUGGAACGAUGUGCGAGUCGAAAUACUAGUAACUGAUGUCAAUGAUAACGCACCAAUGUUAAAGGAUUUUCAGAUCAUUUUUAAUAACUAUAAAGACUGUUUUCCCGUGGGACCGUUUGGCAAAGUACCUGCCUAUGACGCUGACGUCACAGAUAAGUUACAAUACCGAAUUCUGUCCGGAAAUAAUGCAAACUUAGUCCUUCUGAAUGAAACAACGGGUUCAAUGACACUUUCUCCACAAUUGAAUACUAACGUUCCAAAACUAGCUACUAUGGAAAUAUCAGUGACAGAUGGUGUUAAUGAAGUAAAAGCAAUGAUGACACUUCUUGUCCGAUUGAUAACAGAAGAAAUGCUGUUUAACUCAAUAACUGUGAGACUCAACGAUAUGACAGCGGAACAGUUUUUGUCUCCAUUACUUGGAUUUUUCAUAGACGGGUUAGCGGCUAUCAUACCGUGUCCAAAGGAAAAUAUUUAUAUAUUUAGUGUGCAGGACGACACGGAUGUAAGUGGAAAUAUUCUGAACGUAUCACUAUCCGCGAGACGCCCGGAGGCAGAACUAGCUAGUGAAGUACGAGAUGGACGCACGCACUAUUACUCUCCAACACAUCUUAGAGAGAGAGUCUACCUACAGAGAGCUACAUUGGCCAGGCUAGCUACUGUUCAGGUUCUUCCAUUCGACGACAACAUUUGCGUUCAUGAACCGUGUCUCAAUUACGAGGAAUGUCUGACGGUUCUGAAAUUUGGUAACGCGUCAGGUUUCAUAAGCAGUGAUACAGUACUUUUCCGACCCAUUUACCCCGUCACUACUUUUACCUGUCAGUGCCCUGAAGGUUUUACUGGUUCCCGAGAGCACUACAUGUGCGAUACAGAAGUAGAUCUAUGUUAUUCAUCACCAUGCCAAAAUAAUGGGACAUGUGUGCGCCGAGAAGGAGGUUAUACUUGCGUGUGUGGAGCCGGCUUUACGGGAGUAAACUGCGAAACGAUCUUAACAAAAGCGACAUGCGACUUGAACGGUGACGGCAGCAUAUGUCGCAGUGGUUCCCAGUGCGUCGCUCGCAAGGAGGGCGGUAUCUUGUGUCAGGGUUGUACUAUAGAUACAGCUUACACUACCGCUAUGUGCGAAUUAAAGGCCAGGAGUUUUCCAGCUACCUCAUUUCUAACAUUUCCUGGACUGAAACGACGGCAUCGCUUUAAUUUAAAAAUGAAAUUCGCAACACAGACGUCAUCAGGUUUGCUUCUAUACAACGGGAGAUACAACGAACGACAUGACUUCGUCUCUUUGGAAGUGAUCAGUUCAGACGCCGGUCGAGGUGGUUCAGGACUAAGGUUUAGCUUCGGCCUUGGAGGAGGAAGAACAGAAGUGACCGUAGAGGGGGAAGUGGCAGAUGGUGAAUGGCAUACCGUGGAAAUUGAAUAUUUUAAUAGGACAGCGACAAUCAUUUUAGACGAUUGUGACAAGCAGUUAUCCCUAGCGGGUGCUUCAGAGUUCGGAAUAAAAUAUGCGUGUGCUAACUUCACGAGAAAAGUGCUACCGUCCAAAUGUGAUAUUCCUACUGAAUCAUGCCACCGAUUUCUUGACUUAACUGGUCCUCUUCAACUUGGCGGUCUACCAAACAUUCCUAGCAGUUUCCAAGUCAAAAACAAGGAUUUUGUCGGAUGUAUUUCUGAUUUUUACAUUGAUCACAAAUUCGUGGACUUAAACAGCUACGUAUCUGACAACGGCACGAUAGCCGGUUGUCCAGAGAAGAGGUCGCGUUGCAGCGCCGCGCCUUGUUACCACGACGCUCCUUGUAGGGAUCUUUGGGAUACAUUCCUGUGCACUUGUGAUGAUGGGUUUUCCGGGAAGGAUUGUGCUGAAAGUACGUCUCCUCCCUGGCGCUUCAGCGGUGAAGGAAUGCUAUCUUUCAAUCCUCUGCUACGUCCUAUACAACUGCCAUGGCUAAACGCGCUCUCACUGCGAACAAGACAACUUGAUGCUUUCAUCAUGUCAAUACAAGUUGGACAAAAUAGCACAGUUCUUAUCACUUUGAAAUCCGGUCAACUUCAUUAUUCAUAUAACGGCGAAACGAUGUUGAUUCCCACGAAUUCACUAUCCGACGGAUCGUGGCAUCGCAUCGAAAUCAAAUGGCUCGGAACUGAUAUAUCAGUGAGUUUGGACUAUGGCCUGCGAACUGUUUUAUUGCCGAUGCUAGCGAACAAAAUACAAGGACAAUAUAUUGGGAAGAUUGUGAUCGGUGGACCCGAUACUACUCCGGCAUUACUGGCGUCGGAUGUCGGAUAUUUCGAAGGAUGUAUUCAGGAUGUUCGUGUGGGAACAGCUCAAUCAUUGCUAAAUCGUCCGACUGUUAGAGAACAUGUUCGAGACGGUUGCCAGUCGAGAGCUGAUUGCAUGUUGUCUAUAUGUCCACCAUAUAGUAAAUGCGUGUCUUCGUGGGACACAACUGAGUGUGUGUGUGAGGCGGGGCGGGUCGGGCCGAUGUGUGUGGGUGCGUGUGAACUACACCCGUGUGGUGAUCACGCCGUGUGCGUCCCCGAUCACACGGAUAAAGGGUACACGUGCGUGUGUGAGGACGGGUAUAUUAUGACGGAGUCUGGAUGUACGAGUGCACGUAGCGGAUCUUGUCCUGGUGGGUGGUGGGGGGCGCGGGGUGCGUGCGGUCCUUGUGCGUGCUCCGCGAAGGGUUUACACCCACACUGCCAUGCGGACACUGGACGAUGUCGGUGCAAGGAGAACCACUAUCAGCCAAUUGGUUCAGAGGAAUGCAUACCGUGUCAAUGUUACCCGGCCGGUUCUGUAAACGGCUCUUGUGAAUUGUCAUCUGGGCAAUGUUACUGUAGAAACGGCGUGAUCGGAAGAGCCUGUGAUUCUUGCGCUAAUGUUUAUGCUGAGGUUACUCCCAAUGCUGGAUGUAAAGUUGUGUACGAUGGAUGUCCAAGAUCAUUUUCACAUGGAGUUUGGUGGCCGCAAACAAAAUUUGGUAUAGAAGCUGUUACGGAGUGUCCAACAGGAUCCAGUGGAAAAGCUAAGCGUCUAUGCGACGAAAAACAAGUGAUACCAUGGCAGGAACCAGAUAUGUUCAAUUGUACUACUUCUACAUUUUACCAACUUAGAAAACAGCUCCACAAAAUAGAAACAGGGGAACUGCAAGUUAAUACGUUCGUGGGUGUACGUUUGGCCGAAGAUCUAUCGACGGCGUGUGAUAACACGCAACCAUUAUAUGGAGCAGAUGUGUUGGUGGCAGAAGGGAUUAUACUGGAACUUCUGCAAUACGAACUUAGACAAGCCGGUUUGAACCUUACGCAUAGUCAAGAUAAGGACUAUGUUCGUAAUAUCAUAAAAUCAGCAAACACGAUUAUAAAUAACCAGUACGAUAAGGAAUGGACACGAAUUAGAGAACUAACUGGUCAUGGAGCUGAACAUUUGAUACAACAAUUCGAUAAAUACAUAGCAGUACUAGCGGAAAGUCAACAUGAUACAUACACCAGCCCAUUUGAGAUAGUCACUUCUGAUUUAGUGAUUGGAGUUGAUAUCGUAACAGCAGAAUCAAUAUACGGCUUCGAACCCACGACUCUUAAUAGACUGAGUGAUUCGUUGACGACCGAACGUGUAGUUUUACCGGACACUUCAUCAUUCAUUCACUCACCCAUCCAAACGCUUGGUUACUACGGCAUCGGUAAAUCAAAGAACAAAAAGCCAUCAAGUCCCACCGUAUCAUUUCCGAAGUAUAACAAUUACGUGAAAAACAAAAACAAAUUUGACAAAUUCUCCAGAGUGCUUCUGCCAUUGGAUUUGAUUGGCAUCAAUAAUGUACAAGAUAAUCUAGAGAGUAACUACGAAUCAAGAGCUGUGUUUUCAUAUCUACAAUAUUCUCGAAACUCCUCACAUCUUCUGCCGUUGUACUUCGAUGAGUCAGUCAGUCGUCGUUGGGGAGUGAAUAUAACUAUCGGCUCCGCUGUGAUGCAGGUAGCUUUAUUCGUGCCAGAAGCUGUGUGGCAGAGAGAAACUACUGCUGAUAAUGUGGAUACUCCCGAUGAUGUUGAAGGAAUUAUGUACGCUAACAAAGGCCACCAUCAAUCAGAAGUCAAUAACGAUAUAAAUGCACAUUCUAACACACACACAAAACGCACGUGGUCUUCUGACGAUGAACAGUUAAGUAGCGAUCACGGACCAGUUGUGAUCCAACCAGCUUAUAAGAAACAAGAAAAGUCAUACGGCGACAGUCUACAAGAAAAUGAUUCCUCAUACGUGGCAGAGCGAUUAGAAAAUUCUGAAGGACCUAAAGUUUUGGCCCUAGUCAUGGAUAACGAAAAAGAUAAAGAAACCAAUGUUUCAAAGGAGGUCGGGAAAAAGAAGUUGAUAUAUAAAAGUUUGAACGGAGUUAGAUUAAAGAAGCCGAUAAGACUACAAAUAUGGCUCGACAUUAACAGAGAGACGUUUGGAUCAAGGACCAAUCCACAAUGUGUUCAUUGGUCUACCGCUAACGGGCCUGGUGAAUGGUCUCGUGUCGGUUGCCACACAGAGAUCGACUACGACUGGUCUCCAUAUUCUGACGAGCCUUUGCUCAUCAACUGUACUUGCAAUCACCUAUCUACUUUCGCCGUUUUAGUUGACGAAGUUGAUAUCGAGUUUAUUCCGGAACCUUCCCUCCUCGAAGCGGUGACGUCAUACACAGGCUUCAGUAUUUCUCUUCCUUUACUGAUGUGGACAUGGGCGGCGUUAUGUCUGAUGCGGGGCGGCGCGUCAACUGUGUCCAACUCCAUACACAAACACCUCAUCUUCUGUGUAUUCAUGGCUGAGAUGUUCUACCUGAUCGCUCUGAAAGGACGCACUACCUUAGUGCAGAAUGAGUUCGCGUGUAAGCUGGUAGCGAUGUCCCUACAUUACUGGUGGGUGAGUGCGCUGGCUUGGGCCGCGUGUGACGCGUGGCAAGUGAGGCGGCUGGUGAGAGAGUUGAGGGACGUGAACCACGGGCCGCUGGCGGCACAACUGGCGGUCGGAUAUGCCGCGCCUGCUGUAUUACUGGCACUGGCUGCGGCACAUCACCAGCAUCAAUACGGCAACGCACUCUUCUGUUGGGUGAGUUGUCAUGAGGCUGUAGUGUGGUGGGUUGUGAUACCCGCGGGGUUGUACGCCUCAGCCGCGCUCGUCCUACUCGCGGGUGCAACGAGAGCUGCCUUUACUGUCAGGGACCACGUCAUCGGGUUUGGAAAUUUGAGGUUGCUGCUUGGCGUGAGUAUCAUAUGUUUACCAUUGUUGGUGGUAUCUUGGGCUAGUGCGUUAGUUCUGGGCAGUGAGGCGGGUUCUCGUCGGGAUGCGCUCAGUACGGCGCUAGCGGCGGCAGUCGCAUUACACGCAGCCGCAGCGACUUUAGGAUACAUUGCUCUCAACGUUCGCGUUAGAGAUAAUCUUAAAAGGACCAUGCUGAGGUGUUUGGGCAAGAAAGUGCCUCCAGUGGAUACAUCAGUCAUCAUUAGCACGAGCGCCCAAAAUCUGUCACAAGUUAAUAGAUCUGCAUUGGCUUACCACAGCAGUACGGAGGGACGACAACUUCGCAAUAUAGGCAUCUCCGCCUCGUCGACCACAUCACGAUCAACGACUAAAACGAGCUCCAGUCCUUACAGUCGCAGCGAUGGUCAACUUCGUCACACGAGCACUUCAACGUCCAACUACAACACUAGCGCCAGCGACAUGCCGGCCUACUUGAGAGGAUUCGAUUCAUCAUUACACACGAGAAAAGAUGCCGGUAGCCGUCACCGUAAGUCCCGUUCCGGUGACGAGGUCGUUGACCCCUCGGACACGGAGAGUGAAGCCUCCGCCCGCAGCCUCGAGCUCGCGUCCAGUCACUCCUCGGACGACGAGGACACCGCCUCCCGCCGCUCCUCGCACCCGCCCUCCGCACUGCGAGACCGAGCUCCCAGCGGCGCCAACACAAGCUACCUUCCGAACAUCACUGAAGGCGCUCCUUUAGCGAUCACUCCUCGAUGGCAGCCGCAUAUAAGAGAGGAACCAAAUCGUUGGUCCCAAGAGACUGGUUCCGAGGAGAUGCGUGGAGGGGAGGCGACCCCCUCCCCCCGCCCCCUGCCGACCCCCGACCUCACGUCCGACGUGUACCAGAUGAGACAUCGCCUCAAACCAUCCAUACUGGAGAACGUUCACGACACGUACGUGGCUAGCGUGGACGCGAGCAGGCUACCGAUAGAUAAUAGAUACGGCGUCAUGGAAGACGAAUUGAUGUACGGGGUUAUGAGCACCGAAACGGAUAAACAGAUGCCGUAUGACCCAACGUAUCCAAUCUCUCCAACUAUGUACAGACUUCCAACUAAUCCGUACGGCUCAAAGACCUAUUUGUCGUCUCGAACCUCCGAUUACGGAUACAGUCCCACAAAAUACUUGAAUACGGAACCCAGUGUUUACGGAUCCCGGGAUUUUCGGGAUUCCAGCGUCACAGCUAGAGAGCACGACGCGUACCCGCCCCGUGACUUCCGGGAUUCCGGGAUAGCUACCAUGUUAAAGAACGACUAUCAAAGGAAAAUGGAAGGCCAUUACGAAUACAAUGACAGAAUGUCAGAUGGAUCUGACAAACAUCAUCCUCACGAUAAAUACUUGUUCCCUUAUACAGCGGAAGAAGACCACGCGCACACACCGCAACGACUCAACGGUGAUGCAGGUGACAGUCAACAGCCAAUGGGGGCGCCACUCGCUAGUAUGGGGGAAACGAGCGAGUAA